CUCUGUCAGGGAACACAAUGGUGCUCAGCAACCCCACCCUACAAUAACAAGCACUAUGCAUGAGUAUGAUUAGUUUCACUACUAGGCUAUUAAGAAUUCACAUCUCAUGUCGGUCUCACUGUAAUAGACUUGAAUUUCCAAUAUGGUAGAUAAAGUUGUUGUUCAGCAGUAGGCUGUUGUCAUGUCCCCGCAGUGCCGAUAGUGGUGCUGUGAGGAGACUCCACCGUGGACUGAACUAAUACCACAGCAGCUUUUAACGGCUAAAGUGUGCUGUGGGUAAACAUCGUUUAAAUGUAGUCAUUUUAUCUCAAAUUAUUCACGGAUAGGAAACGGAUCAAUUACCAAAACAUACCGAAUAUCGACCCCAAUCUGGUAGCUGUAGCCGACUGUGUUAGGUAAUUCUACAGGCAAAUCGAAGCGAAUACCCUACUCAGCCUAUACCAACGAAAGCUGAUGUUCUCAAGGACAAGAGUCACGUGAUGUAUGAGGGCAAACACAUACACUUCUCGGAGGUGGACAAUAAGCCAUUGUGCUCGUACAGCCCCAAGCUCUGCAAGCAGCGCAGACUCAACGGCUAUGCCUUCUGCAUCCGGCAUGUUCUAGAAGACAAGACCGCUCCCUUCAAGCAAUGUGAAUAUGUGGCUAAGUACAACAGCCAGCGAUGCACCAACCCCAUCCCCAAAUCUGAGGACCGCAGAUACUGUAACAGCCACCUGCAGGUGCUGGGCUUCAUCCCCAAGAAGGAGCGCAAGAAGAAGCACGAUGCGCUGGAGGAGAUGCGUGGGCGGUCGCACCUGGACUCGGUGGCCCUCAAUAUCACCGUGCCCUCGCUGGCGCUGAAGGCCUCCAACGGGCUGGACGAGUUGCCGCCCUCGCUGCCGUGUUCGCGCCUGCUGCCCCUGCCCGACGGGGAGCACCUGGACCCGUUCGCCUUCUAUGAGGAGGACACGGGGCCGGAGGAAGGGACGCCACGCAAGGGCUCCUCAGUCAGGAAGAAGCCGCAAAGCCGGCUGGUGCUCAGCCAGAGACUGCCUCCGCCACCGCCACCACCACCGCUGCCACGCGACACCGACCUCCUCAAGCCUCGCUCUGAGCACUUUAGCCCUUCGGCUGCGCGCCCCGGCCCUCACCCUUCCUCUCCUCUGUGCGCCCAGCUUCCCCUCCAGCACAGCGGACUCCUCCGGCUGCCCAAGCACUCUGGCAGCCUGCCCCCUUACUCCCGCCAGGGCUCGCAGCAGGGUUUAUUAUGCAAGCCAGCACCACCUCACACUGGCCCCCCACUGCCUCCUGGGCUGGCCCCUGGCGGCGCCGCGCCCGGACCGGGACAGUCGUCUGGCUCCUCCCUCAGCAGGAAAGGCCUGCUCACUGCCACGCCUUUGCUGUCCGGCACGCUGGACUCUGUGCAGCGCCACCUGGUGGCCAUGCGGCCCGCUUCCUUCUCGCCACCCCCGGCCUGCCUGCAGCGGCUCAAGCACUUGGUGCAGCUGUGCUCCAACAGGCAAGAGGAACACGGGGAUCUCUUCCCUCAUCUAGGGUUGGACUGGUCUGAAGACAGUGGGGAGGAGGACUAUGAAGACUUUGAAACACUUUCACCUUCCCAAUUCUCUGGAAGAUCACAGGAAGGAUCCAUGCAAGACCACUCUCUGGAGGACACAAGUAGCUCCAGGAGGGUCCGGCUGGCCCGCCUUUGCGCCCUCCUGCAGGACAAGUACAAACACCUGUGCAGGCAGGAGAGGGCAGCCACACGCCAGAAGAGACACCGAUAUGCCUUCCGCAAAGCCCUGCUGCACGCCGCCGCCAAGGACCCCGACUGCACGGCGGAGCUCAUCCAGGCCCUCUGCAAGAUCUCACGAUCCUCCUCAAGUGCAAAGCAGGUGCGACUGGGCGUCCCAGAGACUACUGGGCUCUGCACGGGAAGCACCAAGAGCCAGGCUUGCAGAAACAGAGCCCUGCCCUUCACCCAACACUGCUUCCAACACAUCCUGCUGAACCGCUCCCAGCAGCUCUUCUCCAGCUGCACGGCCAAGUUUGCUGAUGGACAGCAGUGCUCCAUCCCCGUCUUUGACAUCACGCAUCAGACCCCGCUGUGCGAGGAACAUGCCAAAAAAAUGGAUAACUUCCUGCGUGGGGAUGGCAACAGGAGACUGCAGCAGCAGCAUCUGCACCAUCAGCAGCAGCAGCAGCAGCACCUCCUCCAUCAGCACCAGCACCAGCGCAAGCCGCGCAAGAAGACCAAACCGGCGGCGCUCACCAAGAAACACAAGAAGAAGCGGAGGAGAGGGCCGCACCGGCCACAGAAGCCCAUCCCACCCGCGCUGCCCCAGGGCAACCUGGCCAUGCCUUCCACUCUGGCUCUGUCCACCAACGCUGCCAGUGUCAGCAGGAGUCUUUCAACACCAGAGCUGAGCACGGAUGAGCUUCCUGAUGACAUCACCAAUGACAUAGCGGACAUUCCAAACGACCUUGAACUAAACCAGGAGGAUUUCUCGGACGUGUUGCCAAGGCUUCCUGAUGACCUGCAGGACUUUGACCUGUUUGAAGGUAAGAAUGGGGAGUUGCUGCCCACCACCGAGGAGGCGGAGGAGCUGGUGCGAGCGCUACAGGCCAUGGGCUCCUACCCGGACUCGCUGGUGUGCCUCUCCUCCAUGGGCGAGCUGGCGUCGGGCGUCCCCUCGGGCAGCAUGGGCGACCUGCUCAACGGGCGACUGCCCGCCGAGAAUUUCACCAGCCUCGAGCUGGAGGAGAACCUGCUGCACUCGGCCGACGCUCAUUUCCCGCCCUCGCCCUCGCCGCCACCGACGCCCGCGUCGCGCCAGGCUCCCGCCCCCACCACGUCCGCCACCCCGACCACUCCCAGCCUGACCGCCGCCCCCCAGACGCCCAGCGAGCCCCAGAGGACGUUCCCGCGGCCCGCUCCCCCGCCCCACGCACUGGCCAAGCCUGACCCGGCCUGCUCCCCACCUUCCGCCGGGCCCUUCAGCAGCAGCGAGCACGUGCCCUCCCCCUACAGCGAGCACAUGGCCUCUCCGCACGCCGGCCACUUCCAGGCCGAGUCGCCGCUGCUCCUGGAGGUGCCACUCAGCGGGGUGCCCGGCCCGCCGCGACCGCCCUGGAACCACCUGCCUCUCUCGCUCGCCGACCCCUCGCCGUACGGCAGCCUGAUGGGGCCGGAGGGACACCUGCUGUCCACCUCUCUGUCCACGCCGCCCUCUACCACACACCAGGCGGCCCUGCAGCCCACCGCGGCCCUGUCGGCGCUCCCCCAGGGCGGUCUGACGGGGCUGGGUUCGCCCCCCGCGCCGGCCUCCACCUCCACCGCCGUCUCCUCGUCCCCACCCUCGUCCUCCCCGACGCGGGACCUCCUGGGCUCGCCGCAGGCCAAGCAGCAGCUCCCGCAGUUCAGCGCCGCCUUCGGCCACCAGCUGGCCUCCCACAGCGGCAUCCCCAAGGAUGUGCAGCCCAGCCACAGCUCCACAGCACCCCCUACAGGCUUCACCAUCGCCAGUGCCACGGCUGCAAGUGCCAACAGUGCGACUCCCCCCUUCCCGCACAGUAACUGAGAAGUGGUGGGAGAGCGAGAGUGACAGAAAGAGCGAAUGUGGAUUGGUGUGAAUGCGCGCGUGUGUGUGUGUGUGUGUGUGUGUGUGUGUGUGUAGUAUGUUUGUCUGGUCACUGCACAUCAGCUAAGCAGUGGACUCCGUUCACUCAGCAACUCAACUCAUCUCAGACUCAAGUCAGAGAAAUCAAGCAACAUUGUUUCUGCUAUUUUAUUUGAUACAUGCCGCAAGAGUGGAUCAACGGUGGCCUGUUUGUUAAAUGUUUUAAUUCAAACCUUGCCAUGACUAAAAGACUGCCUCAGAGUCCACUCGUUGGGGUGCAUGUGCAGCCUUGGGUCCUUCUCCUCCAGCUCCUCCAGGGGAGUCGGGUCGGGCGGGUGUCCGUGACCACAGGCAGGACGCACCCCUCAAAGGACCCACAAUUCCAGAGGUAGUGACAGAGAGACAGUGCUACAGAAUUCAAUGACGAAACAACACCUCAAUCAGCAGUCUAGUCUUAGUUGUUCCAGUGGAGACCUGUCUCAGAGCUGUAAUCAUAUCCUUCCUCAUUUACAAGAUCAGCGUAUUCCUUUAAUCUGCCCUUUAUACAGGUGCGCACACACACACACACACACACACACACACUUAUUCACUCACUCUCAAACACAAUCUCGUGGCUCUACUGACCCCUACAGAAACAUGCCAGUAUGAAUGUCAGGGCCUGCUUCAAUUGAAACAGAUAUAAUCCCAUCAUGAAGGACGUUUCCUGACCAGCUUGACAGACAGCAGAAAAUUGCCAAAAUUAUUUUAAAUGGUUGUUUUUUUAAGCUACUGUGUGUGUGUAUGUGUGUAUAUAUAUAUAUAUAUAUAUAUAUAUAUAUAUAUAUAUAUAUAUAUAUAUAUAUAUAUAUAUAUAUAUAUAUAUAUAUAUAUAUAUAUAUUGUAAUAUUAUAUAUUUAAUCUUUAACCGGUUUAUGCAGAAACUCAGAGUUUUAUGUGGAUCAUAGAUGCCUCAUCAGUGGCCUAGUACACACAUGGAGGUAAACCUGGUUACUCAAAGCAAUAAAACACAUUGGCGUACUCACCUCACAGUAUUGUGAUGUGUAUCCUAACAGUCUGCAUUCUUUCCCUUUGCGCUACCUGAAUUGCUUUCCAGUUGUGGACCAGCAUGGUAUGGGGAAAAGACACGUUUGCUCAUAAAAUGUGAAAUUAAGGCUGAACUGUUCUUUGUCAGAUGUGGUUGUUACGGUCCACGAGUAUUCAAGCCAGAGAGAAAAAUGGGUGUCGCAAAGAGACAAAAGUGUGACUACCACAAAAAUUAUUACAACAUUUUUAAAUGUAUCCAGUUUCACACAGAAUCCAGCUUCUUAGUUGGUAUCAGGUAUACAGGUAUCUUUUCACAAAUAAUGCAUGCUGGUAUGAAGGGUAGAGUAGGAACAGCUGGGGAGCCCCCUGGCCUGUGUGCCGUGGUGGAAGGGGAACUGGUGCAGUUUGGAAGGAGCAGUUGCAGGUGCUGAAAGGGCUGUUGUAUUGGGUCACACAGCAUAAUUUCUUGCAUCAGGACAUCAGUGAUGCAGCAGUGGGGUGGUCCGACCCCUCACUGCCUUCAUGCUCUUAGUUGCCUGGCGUUUUGCACUGGAGAACAAGGAAACCCUUAAACAAUUGUCCCGGAAUGCUUCUAAUUGUAUAACAAUAAGUUUGUAGUCAUUGGUAUAGCUUUAGAAACUGAACGAUAAUCACAUGGGCAUAUAUAGUUAAGUAUUAUAUAUUCAUAGGUUAGCAGACCGUGGGGUUGGAAUGGUGAGGUGCCAGGAGUGGCAGUGGACUGAAUAUGAGGUUUUAAAAGAAAAACAACAAAAAAAAUUAUCUUUGUUGUCGUUUGCAAGAUACUUAAUAGAGCCUGUGUUUUGUGUACUUUUAAUGGCUAUCAAAGUACUUGUGGUUUGUUAUCAGAUGAUGUUUGUGUACGCCCAUUUAUUUAAGAUGAUCAGUGACUAUGAUGUAUGGCAGUACUUUUGAUAGCCAUUAAACUCUGGCAAGCAGCCACUUUUGAAAGACUGAAUCUUGCAUGGGUGCAAAACUACAAGUUUUAUUCAUUGUGACUUAACUAGGUAGCUUGUGCCCAAAGAGUUGAACAAUUGAAACGUGACUAAAGCAGCAACCUCUAGUGCACUGGUUCUUCACACAAUUCAACUGACAGAAGUAUACAUCAUACUUUUAUCAAUAUUACUUGCCUGGAAACACUCAAACACCAUUACUGACAGGCAAGCUAAGCAGAAAUGAAGGUUUUCCCGCUGUAGAAGAGCCCGUUCAGAGCUUCUCAUGACGCUGUUUCUCAUGCGCUCUAUUAACGCAUAGCACAGCCCAAAUGAAUCCCAUGUCGCGCCACACUGCACUCCCUCACACGACUUCUGACAUUGGAGGUCCAAAGACAUGACAUGAGCCCACAUCCAGAAUAGUGACACCUCUGCUAUGUUCAUGUCUCGUUUCCCCAUGGCUGCCUGUCUCCUGCAUACCCAUGGCCUGGGGUUCACACGGGAUGGCAUAUGACUUUUGCACCAGAGACCUGAUACUGCUGUGUUCACAAAAGCAUGAAAAAAGUAGAUUAAUUGCACAUUGAGGGGGAAAACUGACCAACCCUCUUAAAAGAAAGUCUUCAGGGCUCUGUAGGCACUCAUAACUGCUUGAAAUCUGAGAGAUGGCUGACAAAUUCCUAUACUCAUUGAAUGUACUGUAUUCCUGUUUUUAAAAAUGAUAGGAGCUAGUCACCUUUGGUUAUUGAUCCUUGUUUAAUUUGUCUAAGGUAUUUUUUGUAUACAAAAGUUUACAUUUUUAUGUAUAUUUUUCUUGUGUACAAAAUGAUGUAAUAUGUGUACAAACAUUGUAUGUAAUAUCUGUAUAUAGUGUGAUAAAAUCUGAUGUUUCUUUUUGAUGUACAAAUAAAUCUUGCUGUGAGGAAUAUG